AUGGGGGUGAAGGUGGUUACAGUGGAUACGGGGGUGAAGGUGGAUACAGUUGAUAUGAUAGAUCUGGGGGUGAAGGUGGAUAAGGUGGAUACGGAGGCUACGGUGGAUAUGAAGAACAUGGUGGAUAUGGUUAUGAGCCCCAAUUGGGUACAAGAAACGGGAAAGGAGUAUGGUUACGUAAUUGUUACCCGCCGAUCAAAAAAUAUUGGCGGUACUACUGGGAUGGUAUGGCUUGUGUGCGACCGUAGUGGGGAGCACCGUAGUAAAGCAACAGUUAGGAAAGCUGGUAGCAAAAAAAUCGGUUGCCCAUUUUCAUUACUCGCCAUCCGGGACGUGACGAAUGACACGUGGGAGUUAAAAGUGGACAACGCGAACCAUCACCACGAACCUACGACGAGUCUGUUGGGACACGCUUUUGUACGAAGAUUUACUGAAGCCGAAUACAAGCUAGUGGAGCAGCUAACUGCUCAAAACAUGGAGCCACGUAUCAUAUUUCAAACCCUAAGAAAGCAGUUCCCUAACAGCCUGCAUGUUCAGAAAGACGUGCAAAAUGCGGUACAAAAAAUUAGAGCGAUAAUAAUGGACGGAAAGACUCCUAUGCAGGCACUGGAAAGCCUGAUGCAUGACCACCGAUUCAUUUACAACACCCGACAGGAACCCAAAACAGAUGUCGUAAUAGAGAUUUUCUUUGUUCAUCCUUAUUCAAUCACUAUGUGGCGUGCAUUCCCGCACGUGAUGUUGAUCGACGCGACCUACAAAACAAACCUCUACAACAUGCCAUUUGUCCAGGUUGUGGGUGUGACGUCGACUGGGAAGUCUUUUUGUAUCGCACAUGCCGUUAUUUGUAAAGAACGAAGGGGUAACUACGUGUGGGUGCUUGAGCGGAUCAAGUCGAUCUUGCAUGAAUGUAUGAUGCCGCGUGUGAUAGUCACGGAUAGGGAGCUUGCCCUAAUUAACACGUGUUCUAAAGUAUUCCCAAACGCAACCAGGCUUCUAUGCCAGUUUCACAUCGAACAAAAUAUAGUUAGAAAGUGCAAGAAAGGGUUCGAUAAAGAAGAUUGGGGGAAAUUUAUGACGUACUGGCGGAGAGUGUGCGAAUCUACUUCAGAGCCCAUGUACAAGUACAACUUGGAGAAAAUGUAUAACCGACUCGUGGUUGCCAACCGAGAAAGUGUCUAUGAUUACGUCUACGAAAACUGGCUCAAAGACUAUAAAGAAAUGUUCGUUUAUGCGUGGACCGAUAAGUGUCGCAACUUUGGUCAGCGCACCACCAACAGAGUUGAGAGCCAGCACGCAAAUUUAAAAAGAUACAUUACGCGCGGGAGUUCAUUGUUUCACCGAGAGCAUCGAAAAAACGAUGAACCACCACAGACACCCGCUGUUGGACAACCUACGUGGAAAGGUUUCCCAUGA